AUUCUCGCCUGUCUUCUCGUCGUCUUUGGGGCCAUCUAUAACUAUAUAGCACACAGCAGCAUCCCAUCCUUGAGCUUUUGUCCAGAUGUCCGCUGGAGGAUUGAUGACCUUAUAAUGGAAACUGGAGUGAAAUAUGCUCAGCCAAGCACAAUGAAAGGACGCACUGAUGUGAACUCAGUGACAAACUGGAAUGCUCCUUUGGUUUGGGAGGGGACGUUUGAUCCGGUGGUUAUCGAUGCAAUCUAUAAGAAGAUGGACCCACGAGUUGCUGUGGUGGUGUUUGCUGUUGGCAAGUACACACGUUUCCUGAAAGGCUUUCUGGAGUCAGGUGAAAAGUUCUUUCUUGUUGACUUCAGGGUAACUUAUUACGUCUUCACAGACAACGAACAAGAUGUCCCCAAAAUUAAACUGGGUGAGGGCCGGAAAAUCUCAGUUAUCACCGUCCCUAGUGCCAGCCGCUGGCAGGACGUAGUACUUGGCAGGAUGAAAUGGGCCACCAUUACUAUUGACAAACAGAUACGCAAUGAAGCAGACUAUCUUUAUAUGAUGGACAUCGACAGCGUCUUCCGAAACCGUUUCGGAGCCGAGUCUCUCAGUCAGCUGUCUGCUGUUCUUCACCGGGGCUACUCCCAGAACACAAAGAGGGAUCUGUUUCCUUAUGAGCGUCGGCCUCAGUCCACAGCCUUCAUUCCUUAUGGUGAAGGAGAUUACUACUACACUGCUGCUGUCUGGGGUGGAUACCUGGAGGACAUGUACAAGCUAGUCAAUUACUGUUACAUGCAGUCGUUGGUGGACGCUGACAAUAAGAUUGAAGCUGUGUGGCAAGAAGAGAGUCACCUCAACAAGUACCUUCUGCACAACAAACCAACCAAAGUGCUGUCUCCAGAGUACCUGUGGUCAGACUAUGAUGCGGUACCAGGACAUGUUAAGGUCGUCAGGAUUUCCCAGAUAGUCAAGAACUAUGCAGAAGUUCGACCCAAUGGUGGAAACUGA